AUGAAUAGCAGCAAUGAAACCUUUGAGAGUCCACUUAACACCCGCUACGCUAGCCCUGAAAUGAAGUUCAAUUUCAGUGCCAAACGGAAGAUUAUGCUGUGGAGACAACUCUGGUUGUGGCUUGCGGAAUCACAGCAGGAACUAGGUGUAAAAAUAACAAAGGAACAGCUUGAUGAAAUGAGAAGCAACUUGGAUAAAAUUGAUUUUGAACAAGCCGCAAAAGAAGAGGCUGAACGGCGACAUGACGUUAUGGCCCAUGUCUACGUGUUUGCCUUGGCGUGUCCAAAAGCCUCUCCUAUCAUUCAUCUAGGUGCGACCUCCUGCGAUGUGGUAGAUAACGCUGACUUGAUCUGCCUCAGGCACGCUUUCGAGUUACUGGCACCCAAGGUGGCCCGCUGCGUGGAGCGGCUAGCAGUUCAGGCAAGGACCUACCGUGACCUCGUUUGUCUCGGGCGCACGCACCUUCAACCUGCACAGCCCACAACCGUGGGCCGUCGCAUGUGUAUGUGGAUCCAGGAGUUGCUUCUUGACCUGGAGAAUAUCGAGCGUGCCCGUGACCACCUAAUCCAAUUCCGUGGUGCCAAGGGCGCUGUCGGAACUCAGGCCUCUUUUCUCGAUCUUUUUGACGGAGAUCACGACAAGGUGUCGAAGUUGGAUGAGUUAUUUGCUCAGAAGGCCGGUUUCUCUCGUUUGUGGAAGGCUACAGGGCAGACAUAUCCUCGAAAACUAGACUCAGAACUUGUGAGCAUUCUUUCGAGCCUGGGAGCCACCGUUCACAAAAUCUGCACCGAUAUACGCCUUCUGGCCAGCAUCAAGGAGAUGGAGGAACCCUUCGAGUCUCAUCAGAUUGGAUCUUCUGCGAUGCCCUACAAGCGAAACCCUAUCCGUUGUGAGCGUGCUUGUGCCUUGGGACGUCUGCUAAUGUCUCAGUCGUCUGCUUGUCUAAACACAGCCUCCGUUCAGUGGCUCGAACGCUCUCUUGAUGAUUCGGCCAUUAGGCGUGUUGUUCUUCCAGAGGCCUGCCUUGCAGCUGAUGCCUGUCUUUCCAUCUUGCAGAACAUUUUCGAGGGUCUUGUUGUGUACCCAAAGGUUAUUGAAAGAAAUCUGGCGGCGGAACUGCCCUUCCUGGCGGCGGAGAGAAUUCUCGUUCGAAUGGUUACUCUGGCAAAGGCCGACCGGCAAGAGUGCCACGAAAGAAUACGAGCGCACAGUCAGGCUGCAGGGGCUGUGGUCAAGUUAGAGGGUCAGCUGAAUGACCUUGUUGCCCGUCUUCAGGCCGACUCAUACUUUGCACCAAUCGCCAAUGAACUUGAUCACCUUUUGGACUCACGCGCUUUCAUUGGUCGCGCUCCUGCACAAGUGGACGAAUUUCUAGCGGGGGAGGUGUCCCCCGUUUUGCAGGCCUAUGCCAAUUCGUUAGAAGGAAGGUCGACCCUGACUGUUUGA